AUGAAUGUAAAAAUGUUACCAACACUUCAUAAAUUAAUUACAUUAGAAAUGAAUAAACAAACAACUUUAAAAUUCUUAAAAACAUUAGAAAUGGUGUUAGGAGUUUCAACACCUAUUGAAGUAAAAUCAAUUAAAUUUGAUCCAUUGUUAUUUUAUGAUUAUUUAUUAAACUUUUCAAAAUCAAAUAAUUAUUUAUAUCAAGCAUACUCUCUUAUGUGUUUACAUCAUCUUAUUGUACAACACGAAUUAAAUGUUCCUUCAUAUCUUCAAUUAUUAUAUUCUACAUUAACUCCUCGAUUACUUUUAAGUCCAGUUAUGUCUACUUAUUAUGAUAGACUUUAUAAAUAUCUUAUAAGUUCUUAUACUCCAUUAUACGCUUCAGCUGCUUUUAUAAAAAAAUCAUUAAGACUUUGUUUAGAAGCACCAACUGGAUCAAUUCUUAUUAUUUUAAAUUUUAUUCUUAAAGUUCUUUAUGCUCUUCCUCAAAUUCAUUAUUUACUUCAUCGACCAGCAAUUCCAUCAUACCGUUAUCCAGAUGUUGAUCCAUUUGAAACAACACCAUUUACUUCAUCUUCUAAAUUUGAUAUUGAUUUACGUGAAACUCAAAUUGAAAAAUCAUUCUUAUGGGAACACUUAUUACUUCAACAACACCCUCAUCCUAAAGUUGCAUUAUUGGCACAAUCUUUUCCAACUUCAGAAGAUGACCCUGUUAUUCUUCCACCCGAACUUGGGAUUAAAGAUAUUAUUGAUCCAAAAAUAUGUCCAGUUACAACAACAAUUAGUGUUGUUGUAAAUCCUUUUAUGGUUAUGUCAAAUGAUCAAACAGUAAAUGAACCAUCCAAAACUGAUUGUGAAGAAUUAGGAAUAAAAUAUAAAACAUCAUUAUUUGAUGUUGUGUUUGAUUAA